UUGUUGAUAUUUUGGAGCAGAGAUUCGUUAUUUAUAUCCUUAGUUGGUGUUAAAUAACAGGGGUUUUUAGGCCCUUUUGGGGAUCUCUGAAGUGAAUGAGCUGCUCACUGGUUGGAAGUUUCUCUGGCCAUGCUUCUCAAUUUUUGUGACAGUCACCUUUAUCCAAAAAUAAGCUGUGAUAAAAUAUCUGUAGAUGGAUACGACAUAAAGAAUCUGAUCUCAGAAGACUUACAUAACAAACAGAAGGGAUUCCUGGGAGAGUAUUUCAUCAAACCCCCAGUAACCAUCACUCUCUCAUUUCCUUGUAACAUUGAGAUCCAGAAGAUUAUUAUAAAUCCAUGUGUGAGUGCCCAAAAGUCAUCUGGAUUAGAACUUUAUAGCAGAAGUAAUCAAGUAAGGACAGGCCCUCUGUGGGAACAUGUUUCUGAAGUUUCACUCAAGGACAAAAAUGCUUAUGAAUUUAUUGUAAGUGCAGUGUUUUCACCUAUUGGAAGAGUGCAGCUUACAGACCCUGACACUGUGUGCUUUGAAAACCGACAAUUUCAGCCUUUGUCUUCAGAUGAAGUUGAAUCUUUUCCCAAAUCAACUUAUAAACACCAUGUAGAACUCAGGGGAAGGAAUGCUAGAGCAUUAAGUUUUGUGAGUGAUCUGAAUAUAAGGGUUACAAGAACUGCAGCUGGAAGAUCUGUUGCUAUAAAAAGUAUUGAAGUCUGGGGUCAACCUUCCAGGUCAGUUCCAAGGUCAAUUAGAGAAAAAUUAAAUAGCUUAUUCCUAAGUAGAACUGUGUCUAAUUUAGUGCCAUCAUUUAAAGAGAGUAAUGUUUCUAGUCAGACUUCUUGUGAGGAAUUGCAUUCAGAUGGAAACCAGACGGAAAAAUGUUAUUCAAAACAAACUAGUGUUCAACUGACAAGAAGCACUUUACAUUUAGAGGGUGGGGUGGAGGUUCCAGAAGAUUUUAUUGAUGCCAUAUCCUGUGAAAUUAUGUCAGUGCCUAUCGUAUUACCAUGUGGAAAAAAUAUUGACCAAUCAACUUUGGAGAAACACAACUCUGUAGAGGCAUCAUGGGGUAGAUUACCCAGUGACCCAUUUACAGGGGUUCCCUAUGACAACAAAAACAAACCAUUGCCAAAUGUACAUCUGAAACUUCGCAUUGACAAAUUCAUGCUGGAAAAUGGUGACAAACUUCAGCAUAUACCUAGAACACUUGGUAGAAAAACAGACAAUUCUUCUGUUUAUGCAGAAAAUGAACCUAAAACAAGCACACUGGUAGAAAGCUCUGAAAUGAGAGCAAAUAAUACUUAUUGUGAGCAAAAUGUGUCUGAUAGAAAUAAGCUUCAGAAAGAGGACUCCAGAAAGAGGAAGAAUACACAGCUAUGUUCUGACAUCAAAGGCAAAAGAUCUAGGAACACUGAAAAUAAUACAAUUAACACACAAUCUCUUGUCAGUACAUGUAAUACAGCAAACUGUGUGAUAGACCUGACAAAAGAUGAAAAGGCCUCAAUUAUUGGCAAAGAGUUAGCAAAGACAAAAUCUCAUGAGGAGGAGCUAAAAGAGAGCAUAAACUCUGCUUUCAAAGACAUUCUUAGCCAGCUACCAUCCUUUACAAAGACAGUGAACAGGUCUCAGGACAAUGCUGGACCCUCUAAUGUGAUUGACCAGUCUCAGAAGUUGAUAGAAAACCAAUGUAGUAGCUGUGAAGGGUCUAGUCAGACUAGUGAUUCCUUGUAUAGGGCCCCCUGUGGUCACCUCUUCUGUAGGAAAUGUUUACUUAAGCAGAGAAACUAUUGCUCUGUGAUAUUUGAUAAAAAUUGCCAGAAAACUUGGAAAUCAAAUGAAAUAUCUAAAGUUCAUUGAAUUUGUAAGAAUGGAAAUUCAUUUCAGAACAUUGUAUUUUAUACCUGUGAUGUUAGUUUGAAAGAACCUAAAUCAUGUGCAUGUACCAAAAUAAAUCUAUGUCUAAUUAAU